AUGCGAUUUAGGUCCCCCGAGGAUCCAGAGAUCAAAUCAACACAAGAACUGAUCGUCUUGCAGAUUGCAAGCGACACGCGCGAAACACACACCCGACGCGUCCUGGUCCGUUUGCCUGGGAGCUAUGAGGACCUUGUCACUAUCGCUAACCAAACAUUUGAUCUCGCGGUCGAUGCGUCCGGUGUGCGCUUCUACACUCAAGAAAUCGCGGGUAACAAAGGGGUCAACGUAGAGAUUACGAGCGACGCUUGGGACGCGGUCAAGACCGUCCUCACGUCAGUGAUAGUCGAGCCCUCUGACACGGAUGCCCGAGAGCCGAAGAGAGCUCCACGCAAGAGCGUCGCACCUCCUCAACCGGAUCGCGUUAUCACACACGAUGUAGGAGCUGCACCCACAAAAGACGUGAUAGACGCAGCAAGGCGCUUGUCUCGCAUGAGCCUCGCGCCUGAAGGCAACCGACGCCGCACUUCGCGCCGCUCGUUUGCACCGCUCUCGCCGCCACGCUCUACGAGAGUCAGCCAAGGAAGCGGUCCGAGGAAGUCCAGUCUUCCCCCUAACGAGGAGUUCGAUGAGGAGAACGAUGAGUUUGAGGAGGAGGAAUCGGUCGUCUUCCGGAGCAGGAGUGUAGGCAGACGCCAGGUCAUCGCUUCGGAAGAUGAAGAGGAUGAGGAGGUCGAGGACGAACUUCACGACGAGCUACACGAAGACGACGGCGAGGACGAUGCAGUAGAAGGAUCUUUCGUUGUAGACGAGGAGGACAGUGCGUCACCGCCGCGGCAGCCAUCACCGCAGCAGCAGCAAUCACCGCCGCCGUCGCAAUCCCCUAAGGCGCCAGUGUCAAAGACUGAGCGACGAGGGUCGGAACAGCGCAACGUCUCACAAGCAGCAGCAGCACCGUCGCCGAAAAUUAAGCAGGAGCGUGACGCAACGGGAAGUACCGCACCCAAAUCCGCUAUCAAGGAAGAGCCAGUUGCAAAACCUCAAGCGUCCGAACCGCCUUUCCCGCAUCCGCGAGUCGGGCCCGACGAGCGCUUCGUCGUCAUCAUCGAGUACGACGACGGCACUAGCGACGACAUGCAGACGAUGUUCAAGACGCGGGGACGCCACACCGUUUCGAAGGUGCUCACGCAAGCCUGCAGGACGUUCGACAUCGAUGACUUGUAUGAUAGGGCGCAGCUCCUAAUGGUGAUCGAUACGGAGGAGGAUGGUGAGAUCGUGGAACACAGGUACAUAUGCCCAAAGACUAUGACGAUGGCGAACGUGGGUGCAGAGCCGGAAGCGAGGUUUAUCGUGCAAGUGGAUGACGAGGUGUAACCACUGCUGUCUCGAUUGUGAGACAGACAAUGUGCGAUCUAGGUCAAUACCGUGGGCCAUGACACCCAUUCUUCCCUCCCCGGAUGAUCCAUGCAUCUGCUGGAUAUCUUUGUCAAUAAUUUUCUGUUCUGUUAUGGCAACCGGCCAUGUGUUGUGGUCAUCCUAGUACGCUCCAAGAUUGAACUGACAGGCUCGUACAAUGACAUCGCAUAUGAUCACAUCGUCCCGCAACACAAGCCGUAAAUCGAAGGUCAAGACAGUAUAGGGGUGUUUUAGCACUCCGGGGCCAAACACCCAUGCAACAGAACCAUUACUGUACACAUACGCUACAUGAUUGAACAGACGCAUGGAUAGGGAUAUACGUUGGG